UUGCGCGAUUAUUCGGAUUAUUUGAUCUAUUUGUUGAAUUUUUUAAAAACGUUUUUGUUGGUAGUUCUGGAGAGAAUUCUGAGGUUAACUUUAUCAUGAAGUUUCAUGUGAAAACAGAUCAGGCAAUUUGGAAAUACGGUUUCUUCAAUAUAGAGGCGGCAUCAAGCACCAUGUCAGACGAAGAACAGAUUGUUGAAGCAAUAAAUAAUAUUCUCAUAAGUGGGCAAGUUACUGAGAAAGUCUGCCACUUGGCCAAGCUGAAAGAGUUACUGCUGUACAAAGUCCCAAAUUUGUUGCCCAAAUAUUUACCAAAUGUGCUGGGAUUUGUAACUGACAAGCACCAAGAUGUUAAAAGAAACUUGGUGGGUUUUAUAGAAGAAAUAUGCAAAGUGCGAGACAAACUGAUUCCCAAAAUAAUGGUAACCCUCCACAUGUUACUAUGCGAUGAAUCGGUUCAAGUUCAAAAGCGGGUGAUUCAAGCCGCGAUCACAAUCUAUCGACGCGCCUUGUCGUGGUUGUGCAAAGCAUCAACUAUUACCGAUGAAAUGGAAGAAGGUUGGAAGCAAUUGCAUACUAUUAAGCUUGAAAUUGCAAACAUGAUCGACAGUGACAAUGAUGGCAUCAGAACAAGUUCCGUGAAAUUUCUGGAAUGUGUCGUUCUGCUACAAACCUACCCGGAUGAGGCUGAGAACAAGAAACUGAACGAUUUUUCGCUUGAUAACGUGCCAUUGACAUUGAAGAUAGCGCGCCGACGAAAGUUAGAAGAAGAAGCCAGCAACCUUUUCGAACUGUUGGUGAAAUUUCAUGGUUCUCCGCACAUUAGCAGCGCGAAUUUGCUUGCUUGCAUCGGUGUGCUCACUAACAUUGCCAAAAACAGGGCUGAUUUCAUGGUCAGAGUCGUAGAUGCGCUCGAACAGCUUUAUAAUAACUUACCGCCCACCUUAACUACAACUCAAGUAAGCUCGGUGAAGAAAAAACUGAAAACCGAGUUGUCUGGUUUGGUCAAACAUCCCGGGGCUUAUGAACAGCUUUCUAGAAUAACUCCACUUCUGUUGGAAUUGGGAUGUUCUCAAAGCGAAAUCAGCAAAAUGGUGCCCAAAUCCGAGGAUCGCCGAAAAUAUCAAAAGCGCGCUCUCCCAGAUCCCACUGAGAGGGCCGCAAAACGAGCGCGCACUGAACCCAUAAACGAAAUCACUAUAGACGAAGAUGAGCCCGAAACGAGCAUCGGUGCACCUCAGACGCCCUUGGAGGCCAACGAGAAGUUUAUAAAUGACAACUUAACUAUUGAUAAAGCGAUUUACCUGAUUUUCACCAACAUUCCCAAAUUACCUUUGAACAUGCCGGCGAGUUUUCAUAAAGACUACGCGAAAUUUGUGUUGAGUGGCCGCAUUGGAAAGAACCACUUAGCUGAAGCGUUAGCAGCGCAAUUCGUCGAAGCUAAAGUUGGACCAGGCGUUAACAUUAAGCCUGAGGAAAAACCGGAAUCGGCUAAAAGAAAAAGGGACAUCGACGAUGUGAACACAGAAGAGGAAACGGUUUUUAAAAAGGAAAAACUGAAAGUAGCGAAAACCAAGUCGCUGAAAUUAUCAGAAAUCACUAAACCGCUAGAUCGAGAUGUAAAGGAGAAUUUGUUGGUGCUUGCAGUGAAGAGGCUUAUACGCUGCGAUAAAUUCAAAAAUAAGGCUUUGCAGCAGAAACUAAUCACGACAUUUGCCUCAAAUUUUCACUCAGGAGUUCGUGAGGCCAUAUUAACCCAUAUAUUAACAGACCUUCGAUCAAAUGUUGAUACAGCAUUAGCGUGGCUGUUUGAAGAAUACAGUAUUACGCAAGGCUUCACCAGGAUUCCACCGCUAAGAAAAAGCAUGCGGCCGGAAGAAUGUUACAAUUUGCUUUUGUGCAGUUUUAUUCAAUCUUCAGCCCAUGAUGCAAUUAUCCUCUCCAGAUUAUUGCUGGAAUCACCGUUGAUUACUGAUGAGGCGCUAACAGAAAUAAAAGCCAUUUGUAGGGAUGAAAAGCGAUCCGCUUGGGCCCUUGGAUUGUUGAGAGAUCUCACUCUGAGGAAACCACCCAAACAGUUAACUUUCCUCAACGUUCUACUCUCUUACACCACAUAUGAAACCAGUGCGGUAAGGGAUGCUGCUAUUGGACAUGUUCUGGAUCUGCAUAAGCAUUUCGAACUGAAACUUAUCAUUGAAGAAUUUGCCAAGAUGAACAUGGAGUUUCUCAAACUUUCCAAGCCGCCGGAGAGCUUGUGUGGAGAGAAUCAAGGCCGGGUUAAGAGUGAGUGUUGGAGUGAUGAUUACAUCAAGGCCUGUCUUUUGCCCUACAUUUCCUUAUUGCCUGUCAACACAACUUUAAUUCAUGACUUGGCCAAGGUUUACAUUGAAACUUCUGCAGAUAUUAAGCGCAUUAUUCUUCGACUAGUUGAGCCCCCUGUAAGAGCUAUAGGCAUGGACUGCCCAGAUUUAAUGAAGCUGAUCGAAGACUGUGUUAAGGGAUCUGAGACUUUGGUUACUAGAGUUAUCCACAUUCUGACCGACAAAGGUUCACCAAGUACAGAAUUAGUUGAAAAAGUUAAGGAACUUUAUAACACCAAAGUGUUUGAUGUGCGGUUCCUAAUCCCUGUCUUAACCGGCCUAUCGAAGCAAGAGAUUAUUUCGGCCUUGCCUAAGCUUAUUAAAUUGAAUCCGGUGGUUGUGCGAGAAGUCUUCAAUAGGCUUUUAGGGCUGCAUGGAGAAAGCCCGAUUACUCCUACAGAGCUUCUAGUUGCACUACACUUAAUUGAUACUAGUCAAGUUGAUUUAAAAACAGUUAUCAAAACUGUCAGCUUGUGUAUGCAGGAGAAGCAGGUGUACACUCAGGAAGUGCUCGCGGUUGUGUUACAGCAGCUGAUGGAUCAAACUCCUCUACCAACUUUACUCAUGCGAACUGUUAUACAGGCUUUAGGAAGUUAUCCAAGAUUAUCGGGUUUUGUCAUGAAUAUUCUGCAAAGGCUUAUUUUGAAACAGGUUUGGAAGCACAAAGUGGUUUGGGAAGGUUUCAUAAAAUGUUGCCAAAGAACGAAGCCGCAGAGUUUCGCUGUUCUGAUGCAAUUACCGGCGCCACAGUUGCUGGAAGUAUUCACAAUGUGCCCGGACCUUAAGCAGCCAUUGCGGGAUCAUCUCAACACUUUUACCGAGGCUCAGCGAGUUCAUGUGCCUGUUGCAGUACAAGACAUUAUAACCGGAAGAAUGGCUUUGCCUCCGCCUUCCACUGUUCAUCCUCCACCGGUUCUAAUGUCCCGGGUAGAACCAAAACUGAUGAUCCCAGACGAGAGUAUUCUACCACCAGCGGGCCACAUGUCGAAUUUAGCCGCAGUGCGUCCUCUGGAGCCGUUGCCGCCUGGAAUGGACUAAGAUUGCAAGUAAAUGUUAAUUUUUUUCUUAUUAAAGAAAUGUAAUAUUACCCAUAUAUUUGAAUAAAUGAAAUUUUUCAUGAACAAACUAC